UUAUAGUAUAAUUUUUCCUUUUAAAUAACACUCUCCUCUUCCACAAAUCCACACAACUCAAGUCAUUGUCUCUGCGCGAGCAUUAUUCAAGUCCAACAAAAACCCCAUUCUGCCCUCAUCUUCUUCUUUGGACAUCGCGCAACAACUCCAUUCCAAUCCACAAAUGGCUCUUCCUUCUGCGCAUCUACUUCUCAGUCUAAUACUACUCCUCUUUGCUGCUCUCGUCACUACUUCACUGUCGCAGCCCUUCAAAUGCGCAACAUCCGCCUCCUGCCGCGCUGUGAUCGACUAUGUCCCUUCAAAUGUCACCACACUUUCCGCCAUAGAAACCCUCUUUUCCAUCAAAAACCUUCGCACCCUCCUCGGCGCUAACAAUUUCCCUCUCUCCACCUUACCCAACCAAACUCUAGCAGCUAAGCAGACUAUCAAGAUCCCCUUCUCUUGCUUGUGCUCCAAUGGCGCUGGCAUCUCCAAUAAGAAACCCAUCUACUCCGUCCAACCAGACGACGGCCUUGAUCAUAUAGCCAGGGAGGUGUACUCGGGAUUGGUGACGUAUCAAGAAAUCGCGGCCGUUAAUAAUAUAUCGAACGUGAACUUGAUUUUUAAAGGGCAGAAGCUAUGGAUUCCAUUACCGUGCAGCUGCGAUGAGGUAGAUGGAGAGAAAGUGGUCCAUUAUGGACACGUGGUGGAAUCUGGGAGCACGCUGGAGUUGAUUGCACAGGAAUACGGCACUACUAAAAAUACACUUAUGAGGCUUAAUUCAAUUGCUAAUGAUAGUUCUCUCAUCGCUGGUCAAGUUCUUGAUGUACCCCUCAGAGCUUGCAAUUCAUCCGUAAGCAAUAGCUCGCUAGAUUACCCUUUGCUCGUUUCUAAUGGCACUUAUGUCUUCACUGCUAACGGUUGCAUGAGAUGCAGUUGUGAUUCUGCAAAAGACUGGACAUUACAAUGUCAACCCUCUGGGCUUAGACCAGCUAACAACACCUGGCAAACUUGUCCUUCCAUGCUAUGUGAAGGGCUAGACAUUUUAUCCGUUGGAAACACUACUGCCGUAGGCUGCAACCAAACAACCUGUGACUAUUCUGGGUUCUCUAACCAAAGCAUAUUGACAACACUUGCGACAGUAAACACUUGUCCAGCCAGCAAUCCAGGUCCUGAUGAAAAUAAAUCUUCGAUGAUCGGUCAAAGAUGGAAGUUCCUUUUCAUUUCUCUUCACCUAAUUAUGCUUUGUCUACAUCUUCUUUGGUAAAAUGGGUGUGCUUCUUUGCUGGUAUCUUUUCUUGUGUUAUAUGAGGAUGUAUAAUGUAAACGAUCUCUUUUCAGUUUGUGUAUGAGUAAAUUAUUUGUUCAACCAAUAAAUUGGAAGUGGAAUUAGAAGUUGAAAACUCCGGCUACUUCUUACAACCGUUUCACAGAGUUACCCAGAAGGUAGUGUUGUCAGUAGUUAGUAUGCUUAAUUUGAUUUGUGGGAUUAGGCAAUUAUUGCUUAAAUCCAGUACACUAUGAAUUCAAUACAUAAAUAUGUGGGUAUUUAUAAUGCGGAGCA